UGACCCUUUCCGAGUCCCGUACAACGACCCAAGAGGAGUGGCACUUCUGCUGACACAACGAUGUGCAGUGAAGUGUGAAGCUGCAGGGACACUUUUACAUGUGUUUACUUUAUUAACAUGACUAACAUUACUCCGUCACAGCCAGCAAACAUCGGAUAGUGCGGAAGAGACGUGUCGAGCAACAAUACUCGGAGAUCGUGGGGGCGUUGAUCGGAUGACAUUGUUGUGUUCCCAUCUCGGGGAAAUGGCCGCGCUGUAGCUGGCGUGUGCUCUGUAACAUCGGCCAGUGAUGCGCUUCAACGAGAAGGAGAUGGUGCAUUUAAGCCGCCAGCCAUCAGAAAUGGUCGCUGAGCUGGGGAUGCGAGGACCCAAGAAAGGAGACGUUGUGAAGAGGAGGAUGGUGAAGCUUGUUGUCAACUUCCUCUUCUAUUUUAGGCCUGAUGAGGAAGAACCUGUUGGAGCUUUGCUGUUGGAGCAGUGCAGGGUGGAGAAGGAGGACCGCCUGACAUUUUCCAUUGCAUUUUUAGAAGAGGCAGAAAGGAAAUAUCUUUUUGAGUGUAAUUCAGAGGAGCAGUGCAACAAGUGGAUGGACUCCAUAAUCAAGGCCAGCUAUGAGUUCAUGAGGAGGAACCUCAUAUUCUACAGAACUGAGAUACACAGGCUGACUGGCAAGGAUCCACUGGAGCAGUACGGUAUUUCAGACGAAGCUCGCUUUCAAGUCACGAAUGGUCUGCAACAUACACCGAGAGACGCCUCUUCGAUGUAGCACAGCACUCCGUCUGGAAUCUUCUUUGUUUUAUUGACAGUUCAUAUUGCCACUCCAGACAAUGCCUGCAUUCCAAAUGGACAACCAGAGGCAUUACUAUAACAGCUCCAUUGUUUGUACACACUUUUGUUUGAACAUGUCAAACUGCUUUAGCAACGUGUGACUCUGACCCUUCUGACUUGGACUAUUGAAUACUUGUCUUUUGGUGUUGGGUGUCAUUGCCCGUUUGUCACGUCACGCCUGUUUUAAUAUUUUCAGUUUAAUAUUCUGUAGUUUUUAAAUAUUCAGAUUCUCAGUGGACAAUUUAUUAUCAUAUACAGUGACAAUUAGAAAAAAUACAAUUAUUUCAAGAUGCCUGAUUCAAUUUAAGCUUAGUGAUGGAAUUUUAAAAACUGCUGAGCUGAGCUGAGCCAUGUGUUUUAUUGUUUUAUUUUCCGUAUAUUAACGACUUAGCUUGUCAAAAUAACUACUUAUGCACACUUUGUUUUGGGAGAUUAUUGUAUAGAAAACAUUUACUUGAAACCUUUAUAUUUGUAUAGCACUUUUAUCCAUGUCUUGGGUUAAGUCGUUGGACCAUGCUAAGAUGCAGGACACUUGACUCCCUAUUGGAGCAUGCUAAGAUGCAGGACACUUGACUCCCUAUUGUUUUUGUAUCUGUAACCACAUUAUUUGUGAAGACAUGUACAUAUGCUGUAAUUUGGCUAAAUGUGUUGAUUUCCAUGCACAAUCAUAAUCAUAUUUCUA